GGUGUGAGGUGUGUACAAUACGCAUGCGCUCAAGCACAAACCAGUAUUUGAAGCUGAGUGUGUGAGCAGGUGUGUGUCAGUGUGAGGACGAGUUGUCGGGUAUCACAAGCUCCGCCACCAUGACUUGGGAUUAUUUCGGCUUCUCCAGGGUCCGCAGCGCCCAGAACAAUGAGACGGUCAUCGCCAUCAACAAUCCGGCGGAUAUUUCCGUUAUUGUCAUCUACUUCGUGGUGGUCCUGGCUGUUGGAAUAUGGGCCAUGGUGAGGACGAAUCGCUCCACAGUCGGUGGAUUCUUCCUGGCUGGACGCAGCAUGGUGUGGUGGCCGAUCGGAGCAUCUCUGUUCGCCAGUAACAUCGGGAGCGGGCAUUUCGUGGGUCUGGCAGGAACGGGAGCCGCUGCAGGAAUCGCCAUCGGAGGAUUCGAAUGGAAUGCUCUUAUUGUGGUCCUUAUUCUCGGAUGGAUCUUCGUCCCAAUCUACAUCAAGGCAGGGGUGGUCACCAUGCCCGAGUAUCUGAAGAAGCGUUUCGGAGGACAGCGUAUCCGAAUCUAUCUCUCCGUUCUCUCACUGUGCCUCUACAUCUUCACUAAGAUCUCUGCGGACAUGUUCUCUGGCGCCAUCUUCAUUAACCAAGCUUUGAAAAUGAACAUCUACUUGGCUGUUAUCAUGCUGCUCAUCAUCACAGCGCUUUACACCGUCACAGGUGGUCUUGCUGCAGUUAUUUACACUGACACACUACAGACCAUCAUAAUGGUGGUGGGAUCCUUCAUCCUCAUGGGCUUCGCAUUUGAUAAAGUGGGAGGCUACGAGGGUCUGCAGGAGAAGUACAUGCAGGCCAUUCCCACUGAAAAGGGGAACUACAGCGCGGCGUGUUACACUCCUCGAGCAGACUCCUUUCACAUCUUCAGAGACGCGCUGACCGGGGACAUGCCGUGGCCCGGCCUCAUUUUCGGCCUCACCAUCCAGGCAGCCUGGUACUGGUGCACGGACCAGGUGAUCGUCCAGCGUUGUCUCUCCGCCAAGAACAUGUCCCACGUGAAGGCCGGCUGCAUCCUGUGUGGCUACCUCAAACUCCUGCCCAUGUUCCUCAUGGUGCUCCCCGGCAUGAUCAGCAGAGUGCUCUACACAGACGAAGUGGCGUGUGUGGUUCCUGAGUUGUGUAAAGCGUACUGCGAUGCUGAGGUGGGCUGCACCAACAUUGCCUACCCCAAGAUGGUGGUGGAUCUCAUGCCUAACGGUCUCAGGGGUCUGAUGCUGUCUGUCAUGUUGGCGUCCCUCAUGAGCUCGCUCACCUCCAUCUUUAACAGCUCCAGCACACUCUUCACCAUGGACAUCUACGCCAAGGUCCGCCGCAAAGCCUCCGAGAAGGAGCUCAUGAUCGCUGGCAGGUUGUUCAUUUUGGUCCUCAUUGGCAUCAGCAUUGCAUGGAUUCCCAUCGUCCAGUCAGCUCAGAGCGGCCAGCUCUUCGACUACAUUCAGUCCGUAACGAGUUACUUAGCUCCGCCCAUCGCCGCUGUCUUUACUCUUGCCAUCUUCUGCAAAAGAGUUAACGAGCAGGGUGCGUUUUACGGCAUGCUGAUUGGUUUGGCCAUCGGUCUGUCGCGGAUGAUUGCGGAGUUUGUGUAUGGAACGGGGAGCUGUGCGAAUCCCAGCGACUGUCCCACCAUCAUCUGCGGCGUGCACUACCUCUACUUCGGCCUGAUCCUGUACGGAGUGUCCCUAGUGGUGGUGGUGGGGAUCUCGCUCAUGACCAAACCCAUCGAUGACAAACAUCUAUACAGGUUGUGUUGGAGUUUACGAAACAGUAAAGAGGAGAGGAUCGACAUAGAUGCCGAUGAGUGGACCGAGGACCAGGAUGAUGGCAACAUGGACAUAUACGAAGGCGUGGAUGAGGAUCCCAGCUGCUGGAGGAAGGCCUACAACUGCUUCUGUGGAUUUGAUCAGAAAAAAGCGCCGAAGCUUUCCAAAGAGGAGGAAGCCGAGCUGAAGAAGCAGCUCACGGACACGUCGGAGAAGCCGCUGUGGAGGAACGUCGUGAACGCCAACGCCAUCAUCCUCCUGUGUGUGUGUGUCUUCUUCCACGGCUUCUUCGGCUGAACGAUUCGAGUCUGUUCUCAGGUGUUUGUGAAAAUAACAUUGUUCUGGUAAAACGUGUGUUUUCAUUAUACAGAACAUACAGUACUGUUUUAGUAAUUUAUUUGAAAUGUACACUUUAUAUGAGUGUUUGUUGUAUAUUAUGAAUUCUUACUGUAAUGUAUUGCAUUUUAACAGUUUUUAACACUGUAUAAAUAUGUUAUAUUAAAU